ACAUUCCACGCUGAACCCGGAAGUAGCUUGACAGCACAUGAAACGCGCGCAUCAUUUGACUCAUACUGAACUAGGCAGAGUGGAUUUUCAAGAAGUAGUGCUUUAUUUUGAAUCGGAAUAAACUCUUAAAACAAAGAGGACACAAAUCUUCCCCAGGAUACACAAUCAUGCAGGAGGACUCCAGCCGCAGCCCCACAUACUCAGUGCCAUGUGAGGACUACGUUCAAGUGGUUGAAUUCAGUCCUUUCAGCUCUGGUACUCCUGCCUCUCUGCUGGCCUACGGUGGAAACCAGUAUGUGGUAGUCGGCACCGUUCUUUUCCCGGAGGAGGAUGGAGAGAGGGUUGAAUUCAACGUCCUUCGAGCUUUCCAUCAUGAGUUGCGGGUUGAUGCUCUUGCGUGGAGUCCAGAGUCAAGGAUAGACCGGAUACCCACCAUCAGAUUCUGCACCGCUGCAGCUGACAGAAAGCUACGCCUGCUGACUUCUGAUCUGCAGGAUCGGCAUGAAGUCAAGGUGAUGGAAGGCCACACCAGCUACAUUAACCAUUUGGUGUUCGAGCCCACGGAGGGGAAGCAAAUUGCAUCCGUCAGCGAUGACCACACUUGCAGGGUUUGGGACCUGGAUGGAAAUGAAAGCACCACUCUCAGACUUCGCUCUCCUGGCAUCAGUGUGUGCUGGCACUCAGAGGAAGCCUUCAAAUUAAUGGUGGCAGAAAAGAGGGGAACGAUCCGCUUCUACGACCUGGUGACCCAGCAGGCCAUCCUGUCUCUGGACUGCGGUCAGUCUCCGCUCAUGUCGGCCGACUGGUGCCUCACGAACACGAUCAAAGUCGGCGCUGUGGCGGGGAACGACUGGCUCAUCUGGGACAUAACUCGCUCCAGUUACCCUCAAGAGAAGAGACCGGCGCACAUCGACAAAGCACGGUUAUUCAAGUGGUCCCGAGCCAACGAAAACCUCUUCGCCACCACCGGGUGUCCAGGAAAGAUCAGCAGUCAGUUAUUCCUCCACCAUCUUGGCCACCCACAGCCGGUGACGAUCGGAUCCGCCGCGGUGGGAUCGGGCCUCAGCUGGCACCGGACGCUCCCGCUCUGUGUGAUCGGAGGUGACAGGAAACUCUGCUUCUGGAUGACUGAAAUGUAAACAUCUGCACUGCACUUGUUCUAGCGGAUGACUAGAUCGUGUUUCUAUUCUCCUAAAUGUCCAAUAAAGUAUUUUUCUGAGUA